AUCGCCCCUCAUACAUCUUCCGGUCGGGGUUAAUCCCACCUCUCCGCUGCUUCCACAACAGAAACAAAUGUUCCAUUAUCUCUUCUAACAUGGACGUCCAGUAAAAAAAAAUAAAUAAAGAAAACGGGCCGUGUUUCACACAGGCAGGACCGAACCUUCCAAGAAUGCGGUCUCUGAGACGUAAAGCCGCCGCAACAGCUCGACGGAGAAGAGAGAGGCAGCAACGACAGGAGGAAAUACAAAGGUAACCAGACUUGGCUCGGCGGACUGAUCUCUGUUUUCAGACAAGACACGAGUUGCUCGAUUAAAUCGAUUUUUUCCCCUCCACUUUUCUCUUGGAGAUCAUAGGGUUUGAUUUUGUUUUAUUAUUUCUUUAUUUUUUAAAAAAGGAAAAAGCGUCGUGGCCGUGAAGAAAUCGAACAGCGUUUUAGUGCAAAAUGUCCCCGGGUCCUGAUUAUGGAAGUGAGACGAGACGGUUUCGGUUAUCGUGCGUUUUACGUGCUCCAUUAUGCACGACUGAGCGCUCUUCUUCUUCUUUUACCUGCUCGACGCCAGUCCGUGUAGCGAAGCCGAUGGCUGCGUUCAUGUAGCUGGCGUUAAGAGGGACCGUCACUCCCCUGCUGCCUCCUGGACCGGCUGUUCUUCCUGCGGCAGCACCACGGACAGCGACAAUGACUCGGCUGCGCAGAAAAGCUCUGGUUGCGCUUUUCCUCUUCACCCUCUUCAUUUUCGGGACCAUGAUGGGUCUGAGGACGCUGAAGCCCAGCGACGGCUUCUCGGACCUGGCCCCCGGCAUGGACUUCAUCGGGGAGAGACACGAGAGGAAACGGCUCGACGAGAGGGACGUGGUGGUGUCGCCGGGCCAGUCCCACAUGGGCAGCAGCGACACCAAGGUGGUCUUCACCAAAUCGGACCGAGACUACAGCAUAUUCUACGACGUGCACAUCUUCUACUACCUGUGGUACGGCUCCCCGAGCGUGGACAACAAGUACAUCCACUGGGACCAUGUGCUGGUGCCGCACUGGGACCCCAAGAUUGCGGCCAGCCACGCUCAAGGGAGGCACACGCCACCGGAAGACAUCGCCUCGAGCUUCUACCCUGAGCUCGGACCCUACAGCUCCAGGGACCCGAAGGUGCUGGAGUCACACAUGGCCCAGAUAGAAGCUGCUGCAGCGGGGGUGCUGGUGUUGUCGUGGUAUCCUCCCGGAGAGGCGGACGACCACGGAGAGCCCACAGAGGACCUGGUUCCUGCAGUCAUGGACGCCGCCCACAGGCACAGCAUCAAGGUGGCCUUUCACAUACAGCCAUACAAGGGCCGGACGGACCAGAGCAUGCAUGACAACAUCAAAUAUAUUAUUGACAAAUACGGAAAACACGGCGCCUUCUACAGAUUCAGGUCAAGCACAGGACGGGUCCUCCCACUGUUUUAUGUAUAUGACUCCUACCUGACGCCAGCUGAGUCCUGGGCAGAGCUCCUGACAGCGAAAGGCUCCCACAGUGUCCGAGGCACGCCUUACGAUGGGAUUUUCGUUGCCCUCAUUGUUGAGGAGCGCCACAAACAUGACAUCCUCGCCAGCGGCUUCGACGGCAUAUACACCUACUUCGCCUCCAACGGCUUUUCCUUCGGCUCGUCCCACCAGAACUGGAAAGCCAUCAAGGCCUUCUGUGACGCAAACAACCUGAUCUUUAUUCCCAGCGUCGGCCCAGGCUACGUUGACACGGCCGUUCGACCGUGGAACAACCACAACACCAGGAACAGGGUCAAUGGACGUUACUACGAGACGUCCCUGCAGGCAGCUCUGUCUGUCAGACCAGAAAUCGUCACCAUCACAUCCUUCAAUCAAUGGCACGAGGGCACACAGAUAGAGAGGGCUGUACCCAAGAAAACUGUGACUCGCUUGUAUCUAGACUAUCAGCCCAACCAACCAGGCCACUACCUGGAGAUUACACGGCAAUGGGCAGAGAACUUCAACAAGGAGAAGGACAAAUGGCUGAUGUGAACAUGGCUCUAGUUGUCUGCUAGAAUUAAAUGGCACCAAGCUCUCAGCGCUCACUGUUGCAAGCACCUUUAUGUUCAUCCACUUACCUGUUUUUAUUCUGCUCUGAUCACUCCUGAUGACACGUUUUUCCUAAAUGUUCACUCUGUCCUCACUGGUUUGAUUCACUAACACUUUUUUGUAGGUUAAUAACAUCACUGGAAGGAUGAACCAAUAAGGUCACAAUGACAGACGGAUAAUCGUUGUUCCCUAAAAGCAGCUCCGCUCACUAUCUGUUUGCGACAUCACAAAGUGUGGCUAUGUACAAUGACACUGCCUUGUAGGGUUGUGUUGUUUUCUUAUUUUCUUAUGAUGAAGACUGUUCUUUCCUGUAUUUCCUUGGUGACAAAUUAAACGUACGUGUGUUUACUGUU